AUGGUGGCCGAGGAAAUUUUCUAUGGUGCAAAUGCGUACAUAAGAGCGCCAUACGACAGAUGGCUUGUUGCGUUGCACGAACCACUGCACAUCUUUUGUCGCUCCAAGGUCUCAUUGACCUUAUCAACCUCAUCUUCUCUUACAUUUGCGGCCAUGGACCGCGACUUUAUUCUCCGUCGAUUACCAAUGCGGUGGAGCAGCAUCUGCUGGGUUGGUGAUAAAUUCGACGGCCCACCGUAUGCACACGUUGCGCAACGGUAUUUCGAAACCAACACCGUGUUAAAACAUGAAAAUUUUGAAUCUUUCCGCUUCUUGCUUGCCGAAGGGAUUUCAGAGACCGUACUCAAAUCUCGACAUGCUUACCGGAUUGAAGGUCCAGUUAUCAUGACGGCUGCCCGUUCCGACACGGUGUUAUUAGUCAAUCCCAACAACACCAUUUUCAUUGACGACGCCGAAGUCCGCGUCAAAUCCUUGGCAAACAAGAUCUCUGUAACUAGCGUAGGCCGCAUUAUUGACUCUGCCCGUCGAGUGACACCUGCAGGCGUCUUUGACGGGGUGACAAUCACUACAAUCCAUAGAGACUGGGACCCAACUACAUUGACCUGGAUUGAAUUUCGUAUCAUAUAUGAAUGUAACUUGGAGGUGACGUGGCUCAACAGGCAUGCAUUAAAGCGUGACAAUGUCGUGCAAUUUGUCGGCAAUGUGAUACAUGGGGAUGCCCAUGAAGCUCAAUGGGUUGUUAACUCGACACUUACGCGGGCUGCCGGCAAGACCAUGUGUUCUAUUUGA